AUGAUCUUCGAAAGCGGCAUGCACUUCGACUUCGAAAAAGCCCAGGUGGUGGGUCCACCAGCUGUAGCAGUGGCAAUCCUUGGAACAAUUCUCCCUUUGGUCGUCGGAACUUUGUUGACGGUGCUCUUUGGAAGGCCUCUGAUGCCUGAUGGAAUUGCAGCUGGCACGGCCCUGGCACCAACCAGUGUGGGCAUUGCUUUGCGCUUGUUGGGUGAGGCAGGUGUCCUCCAGGAGAAUUUUGGACAGGCCAUCAUCACAGCUGCAUUCGUCGACGAUAUCCUUUCCCUUGUGCUGUUCAACGUGCUAUUCAGUCUUGGAGGUACAUUCGAUGCUUUCAAAACCAUCUUUGCACCUCUCAUCGGCAUUGGCUUCAUGGGCUUUGCUUGUGUGUUGGCGGUGAAGUUUUGGCCGAAGUUUUUGAGGGAUUACCUCCUGGCCAGGGUGCCUGCAAAGGCGGAGGGAGCCAAGAUCUCUGCUCAAGAUGAGGCUCUCUUCCUCUUCAUGUUUGCGCUCUUAUUCAUCUACGCCACCAUUACGCACUUCCUGGGCACGCACUUGUGGGGAUGCUUUAUUGCGGGCAUGUCAUUUGCUUGCCUGGAUCCUCCUCACCAUGCACAUCAUGUCUGGGUAAAACAGACCAAGCGCUGGACAUCUUGGAUGAUCCGAAUUUUCUUCACUGGCACGGUGGCAUUUUCAAUUCCUUUGCAGCAGCUCUUGUCCAUUGACGCCUUUUGGAAAGGCAGCAUCAUGGGCAUCUUCGCCUGCAUCGGAACCAAGGUGAUUUGCGCACCCUUUAUGGGCAAACCAAAAUGGGUCAUUGGAUGGGCCAUGGUUGGACGGGCAGAAUUUGCGUAUUUGAUCGCACAAAUGGCCCUCUCGAGCGGAAUGAUGGAUGAGGGGACAUUCUCCGUUGUCAUUUGGGCUUUGCUCUACGCCACUGUUUUUGCUCCUUUCGCGUUCCGCUUCCUUUUGAACCGCUACGUUGCUUCUGAAGGUUUGGGAGAGGGGGCAGCUGGCACUGGUUUUUCGGAUUCGGACUCAUCCAUUUACGAAGAGAACAACAAGCAUGAGAUUCGAAAGGACCAAGACCUGGAGGGAAUUGACGUGGCUGGAGCCAUCAAGAGCAAAGCAACGGAGUACGGCCAAUCAAGCCCAGGAGGGGACGAGAAAGCUCUCGAUGCAAAGGCUGUGAGAAACCUGGAUGAGAACAAAGGAAAAGGCGGCCUCCUCUGCUGCUUGUUCUUCAAGAAGGUGGUCGUAAACUAA